UUUUCUUUUCGUUUCGUUUCGUUUUGUGCUGAAUGUAAUUCACUAUCGUAUCGCUCUAUCACACAAACGCUAUUAAACAGCUGGCUGUGAGAGCAUUAGCAAAUGUGCCAUACAGCAGCAGCAGCAGCAACCAGCAACAUCGCCUACCAUAUACACGAUCACUUCACGUGCGCGCGGUGUUCAAAAGACAUGAUUUGUUUGUUCAUAUCUUCACCUUAUUUGUGCUAGGCAUUUAAGUUAUCCAUGUGCUGGACUUUAGUUUUAAUUUGUCGCUUGACCAGCUAAGCUCAUAAAAUCGCGUGUGUGAUCAGUAGCAGCAGCUAACAACAGAAAAGAAUAUUUUUUUUAUUUUGUUUACGGAAUCCUACUCGUUCACUUUAUCACAAUUGGCCAAAUCGCUUUGGUUUUUCCGUCGAAAAAGGCACACAAAAAGAAAAAAGAUUUCAAAUAGCUUGAUGAUUUGCUGAUUGAUUGAACGGUUGAGUGAACGAGUGAAAAAGCCAGCAGCAGCAGCCAAAACACAAACGAGUUUAUGCAAUAGAAGAGGGAGGAUAGAGCACAAUAGCAACACUAAAAAAAACCUUCUCAUUCUCUAUCGCAUUACAAAAUUGGACGCAAGCGACGAAAUGGUGCACAAUGAGGACGACACAAAAAAACAACAACAAACCGGCCUGCUUAUUGAGCGUGAAUUGUUUCUCGAUAAAGCCGGCAAAUAUGAAAAUCUUCGCAUCGCCAAAAAUGUGAUUGUGAUUGGUGUGGCAUUUAUGCUGCAAUUCACCGCAUUCCAUGGCACAGCCAAUUUACAGAGCUCCAUCAAUACAGAUGGUUCGAUCGGAACUUAUACCCUAGCUGCAAUCUAUGGUUCAUUGAUCUUGUCCAAUAUAUUUUUGCCCGUCAUUGUAAUCAGAACAUUUGGCACGAAAUGGACGAUGGCUCUAUCGUUUAUCGCUUAUAUGCCGUUUAUAGUGUCACAACUUUAUCCGCGGAUGUAUACAAUGAUUCCAUCCGGAUUAGCUGUUGGCUUUGGCGGAGGGCCGUUGUGGUGUGCAAAAUGUACCUACCUCACAGUUAUAGCUGAAGCAUUGGCCAUUUUCAAUGGAAAAAAUAGAUCCGAUGCGCUGGUCGUUCGAUUCUUUGGAUUAUUUUUUAUAUUUUAUCAAUUGGCUCAAGUAUGGGGCAAUUUAAUAUCAUCAUCAGUGUUGUCAUAUGGUGAAACUGUAGUGGAAUAUGCCAACGCUUCGGUUGAAGCAAUAAAACUGGAAGAGCUCAGUGAGAAUGUCGCAAAACUGUGCGGUGCUGAAUUUUGCCCGGGCGUUACCGCUGCAUUGAAUCCAAAUUUGGCCCCACCCGACUCGUCCAAAAUUCAAAUGUUAAUGAUAAUAUUCCUCGCCAUGAUGAUUGCAGCGAGUGUUCUAAUCGCUGUUGCUGUCGAUGGACUCAAGCGCUACGAAAUGGGCCGCAAGGGUUCAGGAUCAGAGCUGUCCGGCAUUCAAUUAUUAUCUGUAACCGUGAAACAAUUGAUGCAAGUCAAGCAGAUUUUAUUGCUACCAAUCACAAUGUUCAUUGGGGCCGAACAGGCAUUUAUUGCCGUCGAUUUUACAUCGGCAUUUAUCGCUUGCGGUUGGGGCAUUCCACGUAUUGGAUAUGUGAUGAUUUGCUUUGGAUUAGCAAAUACGAUUGCGGCAGCGUUGGCAAGUGCUAUUGCAAAAUAUGUGGGUCGUAAUAAGAUUUUGACGUUGACACUCGUUCUGCACGGCACACUGUUGAUGUGGAUGCGCCAAUGGGUUGCCGUUCCGAAUGAUUUUGUCGCAUACUGUUCCAUGGCCGCUAUAUGGGGGUUGCUGGAUGGAACAUGGUUGGUGAUUAUUAAUUCUUACUAUGGCAUUUUAUUCAAUGGCAAUGAAGAGGCUGCAUUCAGCAAUUUCCGUCUAUUUGAAUCAUGCGGCUCAGUUAUAACGUACAUGUUGAGUCCAAUGCUGUGUGCAUCCACAAAAAUCGAAGCAAUAUUCGCACUUAUGCUGAUUGGCAUCAUAGGCUAUGCCAUCGUCGAGUACAAUCGAAAUGCUGAAUGCGAAAACCAUGCCAAAAACUCUUCAACACCGUACAAACAAGCCAAUGAUGAUACACGAAUCUAACAUCUCUAUUUUUGAACCAUUUCAAUUUACUUUUAUACAUUCCAUAUUCGGAGGCAUUCCACUCAUUUAUUACCAAAAAUGUAAUCAUGAUGAAGAAGAAGGAGACGACGAAAAUUCCAACUCAAAUUCACAAUUUCCAUGAAUGUUUUCGUUUUAUUUAUAAGUGGUAAAUAAACAUGUUUUUUUUAAUUUGGGCAGAAAAAAA